AUGAAGGCCGCCCGAGCGUGUCCACAGUGCCGUGAGUCAAAACGGAAAUGCAUUCGUGCAGGACCCGGCGAACCCUGCGCCUCCUGCCACCAAAGAGAACUAAAGUGUGGUGGCCGACUACAGCCCUCGACUGCUGCAACCAGCCGCAAAGAAAAAGAAAAGGAAAAGGAAAAAGAAGAAACCAUUGUUAUUCCCAACGUGCCCUGGGAGACCAUCGUAGAGCUGGUUGAAAUCUACCUGGACAAGCUUCACGAUCGGCCCCAUAGCAUCUUCCAUCCAGCAACGCUGCGGGCCCAACUGCGCGAUCGCUCGCUGUGCGGGACGUUGUUGUACUCCAUCUGCGCUGUCGCGUCAAAAUUCUCAUCAUACCCGGACCGCCAUGGUUUGGAGAUAGCCAUGGCUGCAGAGGCUAAGCGACGGCUGAAGGCUGACCUCGAGAAUGUCUGUAUUGAAAACAUCCAAGCAUGUAUCUUGCUCUCGACACUGAGCGCAGGGAACUGCGAAACCUCCUCUGCGGCCUUGUUUACUCGGAUUGCCACGAGUAUGGCUGAGAUCAUGCACCUCCAUUCCUCUGCGAUGGACGGGACGGUCAUUGCCCGUGAAACAGCACGCAGGAUCUGGUGGUCACUCUACAUGGCAGAUCGCUGGUGCUUUUCUGCCCUCGGGUUACCACGCCAUAUGGAUGGCCUGGGCGAGUCCACUGACCUCCCUCUGGAGGAAAUCGCCUUUCGCUCUCUUUCACCAGGCCAAUCGACCCUUGAAGCUCCCCACAGGCCUGGACUGUGGGCCCAUAUGAUAUCCCUCGUCCGUUUGUUUGGCCCGAUUCAGGAUUCAAACCGCCGUGCUGCUACUAAUGGCCACAAUGCUACCGACACCGCUGAACUGGACCAGGUCGUCGAGCAGCUCACCCAACAGCUAGACGACUGGGAAGGGCAGCUUCCCGCUGGCGUUCAUUUUACCAUUCAAAACCUUCAGGACCACCAGCAUAACAGCUUGGGCGGACUAUUUAUCGCCCUACACCUGGCGUACCACUACUAUUCCUCGCUGUUGUAUUUCCGCUUCCUGGAGACCAGAAACCACACUCCGUCUUCAAUAUAUAAUGCUUAUGCCGCUCGCUGCAAAUACCACGCUUCCUCGUUCAGCAGCCUCCUCCAGCUCUCCCGACAGCUACAGGGAUGCGAGGCCCUAUACCCUACCGUCGGGCACAUGACGACCGUUUCAUCCGCUGUUCUCCUACACACCAUGCUGUUCGGUGAGCAGGAAGAGAUCCCCAGUGCACGGCGCGAGCUCAGCGCCAAUUUCGCGGCCCUAAUGGAGCUCCAACAAUACUGGCCUGCCACUACAGCCAUGAUCAAUAGACUCAUGAUAUUUCAGAACACCUGCCUCGUGUCCACAGAGUCUCACCGACUGGACGGGUGGAUGGUGCGGUUUCUACUAGAACACUCCCUUGCCCUGCAGAAGCGAGAACUCUCCUUACCGGUAGUGCCGGCGGGAGAUCAGCUGGAUGCAGAGAACAUCUCGGCCAAGGCAAAGGAGUGCAUAGAGAAUGGGAGGUAUACGGCUUUUGACUCACUUUAA